AUGUAUCUCAAGCGCAAGCGUUCUGAAUCCGAAAUCUCCACCAGUUCAUCCCUCCUCUCUAGUCCCCUCUACUCCAACAAUUCCAAUUCUAUGCACAUCGAUUCCCCAUCAAUCGCAUCACCAAAUCUUUUCUCCUCACGUACGAGAAAACGUCAUAGAGAUAAUCGACCAAAUGAAGAGACUGUUCAUCGUAUGUUAUCCGAUUCCAACAAUUUUCUGUUUGCGCUUCAGAUAUUAAUCAAUUCCACAGAACAUACUCUCUCCCUGCUCUACUCCGCACAACGGCCUCUAAAUAUAAACACAACCUGUAUGCCGCCGCCCUCGCCUUCUGCAAUUUCUCCUCAUACAAUAAUACCGCAUCCAUCAAACAAUACCCCACACGCACACCAAGCAUCGCUCCACUCCUUCUGGCAAUUACCAUCAACCCGUCAAAUUUCCCCCGGUAGCGAUUCCUCUUAUGCAUCAUCUACAUCCGUCUCCCCCAAAACAAUUACACAUCCUCAUCUCCUACCGACCAAUUGCGAAGAUUGUGAUGCGUCAUUAGCGAAUAGAGAAGGGAAUGAUGGAAUGGAUGUAGAUACUAUGAUGGAUAUUGAUAUGUAUGGAGCUGGCGAGGGAAACCAUGCAUGUACGAUUUGUGGGAAGCAAGUUUGUCAUUCGUGUGCUGUAAGUAAUUUGGGAAUGGAAAGGAAAUGUUUGAGUUGUGCAGGAAGCGAUAUGAAUGGGAGGAGAUGGGUUGGAGGUUUGGGGUGGAUGAAUUAG